CACAGAUGAUAACUUUGUUUGUAACCUCUUAAAUAUAUCAGAUUUGAAUUUUAUCUUACAUAAAUUUGCCAGUUUUACACCUACAGUAAUUGUAAUUAAAAGAUUAUUAAAAUUGCAUAGCAAAGUUGCAAUGGAUCUCGCUGAAUUAACUGAAAACAUGUCAAUAUCAAGUGGUUCACAAACUAAGCGUGAAGACUACAUAGACUGGACAGAAUAUUUUAUGGCUAUAGCAUUUUUAGCGGCAAAACGCAGCAAAGAUCCAACCUACCAAGUAGGAGCAUGUGUGGUGAACACAGAGAAGAAAAUUGUUGGCAUUGGAUACAAUGGCAUGCCAAUAGGCUGUAGCGACGAUGAAUUUCCCUGGGGUAAAAACACAUCAUCACCACUAGAAAAUAAGCACAUGUAUGUAUGCCACGCUGAAAUGAAUGCAAUACUUAAUAAAAACUCUGCUGAUGUCAGAAACUGCACCAUCUACGUUGGCCUCUUCCCUUGCAAUGAAUGUGCCAAAAUAAUUAUUCAGAGUGGCAUUACAGAAGUGGUAUAUCUGUCAGACGAGAAAGCCAAAAAACCUAUUUAUCAGGCGUCAAAGAGAAUGUUUGAUGCAACGGGAGUCAAAUAUUGGCAGUACAAACCGAAACGCGACAAAAUAGUAAUAGACUUCUCAAACAUAGAUUGGGAAAAAAUGAGUCCUUGCAAAUAACAAUCACAAUUAGUCAAUGCAUAAAAUUAGGCGAUCGUCUGCACUGGCGUAAUAUAACUUAACUGUGGAAGCUUUGAACAUUUGGGUAGUAUCUAAAUCUUUCUAUCUAAAUCAUUUUUUUUUUGCUCAUCAUGAUUACUAGAAUCUCAUUCAAUAGACCUCACUCAUUAUGCGCUGCGAGACUACAAUAUUUACACCUACCUACUAUUAUGAAUUAUGACACUUUACAAUAAAGUUAAUUAUAAGUCUAUAUUUUGUAUACUCAUCAUCAAAGACUAUAGAACUUAGAAUUAUUGUAUAUCUAUGUAUAGAAUUUGCCAAUCAUGGUAUUUGUGAUAUUAUGCGAGUCAUAUGGAUAUAAAAAGGUUAAAUAAGUAGAGUACUUAUUAUACCUACAAAUCUUUUAGAGCGUCAUUUUUAGUCAUAUUUUGUGGCAUAUUAAUGUACAUGAGUAUAGUAGUUAAGAUUGAAACAAGGUAUUAUUGUAUUGUUUUUUUCGAACAAGCUGGCUUUAAUUAAUUGAAAAAAAAUUAACUCAAAAUAUCCCUAGGGAUACAACAGACACUAAGAGUCAAAUAAUUUCUAAUUACAAUUUGUAUAUUUUAGUCUUCCAAGUUGCGGUGCGGCGCCGCAACGCAUCGUAUGCUUUUGUUCGUACUUUUAUAGUUUUAAUCACAGCUUUUGCCAGCCUCUUUGAAAUUAACAAUUUAAAUGAUAAGCAUAAUAUUUUGUUAAUGUGAGUGAUAUAUUUUUAUAUCAUUGGAAAUAUUUUUUUAAACUAGGUAACCUAAGUAAUCCUGAACUUAAGCAUAAUCUUACUUUUACAUAAUAUUUAAAUACUUAUGUACCUAACAAAUUGUUACCAAUGUUUUUAUGGUUUCGGGUAUUUUUAAGUGCUCCACAGACUAUACUGGCUAUACAUAAAAUAUAAGACGUGAUUAAUUAAUAUGUAUGUAUUUAAAAAAGAAGCGCGUAGUUUUGAUAUUAUGUAUUUGCAAGUUUUUAUCGUGAUGCACAAUCAUGCAGAAGAUAAGACUGAACUUGAAUUACCUAUAUGAUAAGAGUUUUUAACUGAAUCAAAUAAAAUGCAACCAAGACUGUUAUGUAUAAAAAAGGUAUAACAACAACUAAAGCCCGGUCUGUGAGCACGUAGAAUUUUGUCCAAUGACCCAAGCUACCCAUCCUUAUCGCUCGCGCGUAAUUAUGUUGCUGUCGCGCUCGCACCGUCUCACAGUCGCGACAGCAAUAUAAUUACUCGCGAGCGAUAAGGGGGAUGGGUAGCUUGGGGUCAUUGGACAAAAUUCUACGUGCUCAUAGACCAGAC